GUUUUCCGUCCGCUUCGAGUCGCCGAGGUCCCGAUUAAUGCGCGUCAAGGAGCUCAAAGUUAUGUUACUUUGAAUUUUACCCUGCCAGACACGCGUACGGGUGUGCAAAGUGAAUUUACAAGAGCCGAGCCGUUCGAGGCGGCGGUGCUGACCACUUUCAAGAGUAACCCGAGAGCAGCUCGCUGCUAAGCUAACAUUAGCCUCCGGUCUGCGGUUCGUUGAAGGGCUCUCUGAGCUAACGAAGCCAUGGGGAACCGGGGCAUGGAAGACCUGAUUCCCCUCAUCAACAAGCUGCAAGACGCCUUCAGUUCAAUUGGCCAGAGUGUCAAUUUAGACCUUCCCCAGAUAGCUGUGGUGGGCGGACAGAGCGCAGGGAAAAGCUCCGUCCUGGAAAAUUUUGUCGGCAGGGACUUUCUUCCUCGCGGAUCAGGCAUUGUUACCCGCAGACCUCUCAUUUUGCAGCUGGUCAAUAAUAAAGCAGAAUAUGCUGAAUUCCUGCACUGCAAAGGAAAGAAGUUUGUGGAUUUUGAUGAAGUACGAGCAGAAAUUGAGGCAGAAACGGACAGGAUCACAGGGUCCAAUAAAGGCAUUUCUCCCGUCCCUAUUAACCUGAGGGUCUACUCUCCAAAUGUCUUGAACCUGACCCUGAUCGACCUCCCGGGUAUGACUAAGGUCGCCGUUGGAGAUCAGCCGCCAGACAUCGAGCACCAAAUCAGAGACAUGCUGAUGCAGUUCAUCACCAAGGAGAGCUGUCUGAUCCUGGCAGUCACCCCCGCUAACAUGGAUCUGGCUAACUCCGAUGCUUUGAAGAUAUCCAAAGAGGUGGACCCACAAGGUCUUCGUACAAUCGGUGUCAUAACGAAACUGGACCUCAUGGACGAAGGCACAGACGCAAAGGAUAUCCUGGAAAAUAAACUGCUUCCACUGAGGAGGGGUUACAUUGGCGUGGUGAACCGGAGUCAAAAAGACAUCGAUGGGAAAAAAGACAUCCGUGCUGCUUUAGCUGCAGAGAGAAAGUUCUUCCUGUCCCACCCUAGCUAUCGGCACAUGGCAGACCGUAUGGGCACCCCGCAUUUGCAAAAGGCUCUCAAUCAGCAACUGACCAAUCACAUCAGGGACACGCUGCCAGGGCUGCGCAGUAAGCUGCAGAGUCAGCUUCUCUCUCUGGAGAAGGAGGUGGAAGAGUACAAGAAUUUCCGUCCUGAUGAUCCGACUCGCAAGACAAAGGCAUUGUUGCAGAUGGUUCAGCAGUUCGGCGUUGACUUUGAAAAAUGCAUCGAGGGAUCUGGGGACCAGGUGGACACCAACGAGCUCUCAGGUGGUGCCAGGAUCAACCGACUCUUCCAUGAGCGCUUCCCUUUCGAGCUCGUCAAGCUUGUGUUUGAUGAGAAAGAACUGAGGAGGGAAAUCAGUCACGCAAUCAAAAAUGUCCAUGGUGUCAGAACGGGGCUCUUCACCCCUGACCUGGCUUUCGAGACGAUUGUCAAAAAGCAGAUCCGCAAACUCAAAGAGCCCAGCCUCAAAUGUGUGGAUCUUGUGGUGACUGAAGUCACUGCUCUCAUCAUGAAGUGUGCCAAUAAGCUCAACUCCUACCCAAGACUGAGAGAGGAAACCGAGAGGAUUGUCACCACCCACGUAAGAGAGCGAGAAGGGAAGACCAAGGAUCAGGUCCUGCUGCUGAUUGAUAUUGAGCUGUCCUACAUCAACACCAACCAUGAAGACUUUAUAGGCUUUGCUAAUCUUGACUACAGAAGGCUGGAUGAUGGUAGCUCCCCAGGGUACGGCAACAACAGUGCUCAGCAGAGGAACAUUGCUACAAACAAGAAGCGGGCAGUACCCAACCAGGGUGAGAUUCUGGUAAUCAGGAAAGGCUGGCUAACCCUCAACAUCAGCAUCAUGAAAGGAGGCUCCAAGGAGUACUGGUUCGUUCUGACAGCUGAGUCUCUGUCCUGGUACAAAGAUGAGGAGGAAAAAGAAAAAAAGUACAUGUUGCCUCUGGACAACCUGAAGCUCAGAGAUGUGGAGAAAGGCUUUAUGUCUACAAAGCAUAUCUUCGCUAUCUUCAACACUGAACAGAGAAACGUCUACAAGGAUAAUCGACAAAUAGAGCUGGCAUGUGAUUCUCAAGAAGAUGUAGACAGCUGGAAAGCAUCCUUCCUCAGGGCUGGAGUUUAUCCAGAAAAAGACCAGGUGGAGAAUGAAGAGUCUGCACCUACAGACACAUUCUCCAUGGAUCCUCAGUUGGAGCGGCAGGUGGAGACCAUCCGUAACUUGGUGGACUCGUACAUUGGCAUCAUCAACAAAUCCAUCAGAGACCUUGUGCCCAAAACCAUCAUGCACCUCAUGAUUAACAAUGCAAAGGAUUUCAUCCACUCGGAGCUGCUGGCUUAUCUCUAUUCAUCCGGGGACCAGAACAGCCUGAUGGAGGAGUCUGCUGACCAGGCCCAGCGUAGGGACGAAAUGUUGCGCAUGUAUCAUGCACUUAAGGAAGCACUGCACAUCAUUGGCGACAUCACCACCAACACCAUCUCCACGCCGGUUCCACCACCUGUAAACGAUAACUGGCUCCAGGAAUCCAGCCCAACCCCUCAGCGAAGACCACCUCCUGCUUCGACCCAGCCCCCCAGCCGUCCGCCUGCUGUUCGGGGCUCAACACCAGGACCACCUCAGAACCCUUCCCCUGCCUUCAAUGUCUCUCCAGCGUUCGGUGCGCCUCCCAUCCCCUCCCGCCCAGCUCCACCUGUCGGUGCCUUCAACAGCAGUCAGGACCCCUUCAGCGCACCACCACUGAUCCCCUCUCGGCCAGCCCGUAUCCCCCCCGGUGUACCCAGCCGAAGACCCCCUGGUGCUCCGUCUCACCGGCCCACCAUUAUUCGUCCUGCAGAGCCCUCCCUGCUAGACUAGACCUGCGGCCAAACCCACCCUAGCAUGCUUUUUGUUCCUGGAUGUGGGUCCGCACACUGUUGGCCUGGGACGGGGGAUCGAGGGGAGGGGUCGACUUGAAGCGAUGUGUAGAUUACGUAGCCUAGCGUCGAUAGGUUUAUUCAAGCAAUGUUAAUAAGCUGCUAACGCUGUCUAUAAACGUGCACAGGAAGCAAAAGAAAAGAUACCGUUUAUCACUGUAAUGUUGCAUUUAUCUGCCAUGUGUUACAAACUAAAACUCACCGACGUCUCUAACAAACGGUGACGUUUCAAAUGCAUUUCAGCUUUCUUUUUAAACUGGUCCUCAGACACAUGUUGCGUCGAUAAAAUCCCAUAUUAACCGGCACAGGGUGUCGCUCCUCCUCUCUCCCUCCCGUCCCUCGCUCCUUGGACCCAAAUGCUCUGUGUAUAGAAUACAUCCAUAACCUGUUGUUGAUGUUUUACUGGUUUCCCACGUCCCUAUUCAUUUCAUACUGAAAACAAUUGCUUAAUAUGAUAUUUCUGGUAUCAAUUAUAUAUAAUUUGUUCUUGCGUUGUUUUUGUUUGCCUGUCCUUCUUGGCGAGCGUCGUAAAUGGAGCUUUAAAUUACGUCCUGAUCACUCACAAAACACACAAGGACGAGGUGUAAGAGAUUCACAAUCUUUCCUCCUCCUGUCUCUUAAUCAUACUUCCGUAUCGAAAAGAUGUCAACACACGAUUGACCGUCGUGAUCCAAGCACGUCUAUCCGCUGAGCCUUACAGGAAGCCACUCAUAACAGGGAUGCUGUAGUCGAUUACCAGAACACUAUGCACACACCCCCCCCCCAGGAGAGGGAGAGAAAGGCAGACCGAAGGCUGUCUGCGCUUUCAAAGAUGUUAAAGUUUGAAUAAUAAUCCUUUUGGUCUCGGCUCAAUCCCCGCGAGGUUCGCUGCCUUGAAGUCGAAUCUAAUUCCUGGAUUAGCUGGCUCAAAAAGAGCAGAUUUCUCUUAAAGAGGAUAGGAUUUGGUGCUGCAGGGUGUCGAGAUGAUGAUCUGGGUUACAGAGUAGGAAGAUGUCGGGUUUCUCCUUAAGGACAUCUAUUAUUGCUAUAGUGAUCAGUUCUGCUUCCAUGUGUCAGAUAUAUUGUAAAUAGCUGGCCUUUGCAGAAGCGGUUUCUCUUGUCCCAUUUUUCUCACAGGGCUCAUAUGAUGAAUACAUGCUGUUAGGCGUAAUCAAGCCAGGAAAUGUAAAAAGGCAACGCGAGUCCUCACAUUAUAGAAAGGACUAACUCAGUCAUUUCUUGAUUUUUAACCUCCAUGUCAAAAAAAAUAUUUUUUUCAGCUCUUAUAUUACUUAAUAGCUGGGCAUUUGUUAUUCUUUAUUUCCUGGUUUUUGGUCGCACUUCUAAUAGCUUGAUACAGCUUCUUUCUUACCAAGUUCCUUAGCUUUUUUGUCGAGAUUUAUUUGAAUUCUGCUGCAGGGAUUAGUUUUCAAAAAUUGUUGGGAGUGUUACUGGGUCUUGACAAAAACCGCUGGGAUUAUAUGCUGAGAAAUGUCUGAUUGCUUUUUAAGGGUUUGUUCUUUUUAUAUAUAUAUAUAUAAUUUAAAUCUUUUUUUCUUUCUUGAUCUUCAGGUGUUGAGGGGGUUCAAGUUGGGGGUGAUAACAGGCCACUUAGGUUUUCUUGUUGAUCAGUUGUGGUGGUGAGUUGGUGGUGGGACUUCUGGGGUGUAAGUCCAGGUCCUAUAUAGAGAAGCUGCCUAAAACACAGAGAAGAAAAAAAAAAAAAAUACACAACCAUUAAAAGAUCCCAAAAUACUGUAUUGAGACAGAAAGUUUUGUUGUCUGAAUUUUUUUUUUUUUCUUUCUCCUGGUCUUGCUGUCAGUGACAGAGCUGGAAAACCUAAAACAAAAAACAAAAAAAAUCUGCAUCGAAUUUCAGAAUAAUUGUCAUGACUUUUUUUUUUUUUUUUUUAUAUAAACAAACCACAGUGUGUUUAAGCUCCCAACAUCCUGUCACUCCAGCUUGUCCAUGAAAAGUCUGUAAAACUGAUGUGAAGAUGUGGGAAUACUGUAUGUGCAUCACCCCUCCUUCCUCUUUCCCUCCCCUCUCUGAAUGUACAGGAAGGGGCGGGAAAACCUCCCUCAAACAUCUUUCUUUUUGUUUUGCAAACCCUUAUGAAGUGCCUCUGUAGUAAUUAAUGGAUUUUUAAUAAACAUCAUGACCUGAUUUAGAGAGGAAAGUAAAUAAAGAGGUGUGUACAAUAAAGGGACUGGUUUUUGGUG